AUGCCUGAGCUCGAGGACGUCUCAUACUCCUUCGACGAGUGCGUUGCCGCGGUUCGCGAUUAUUACGCGUUCCUCGCCAAGAUGUACAUGGACGAAUCGGAGAUCGUUGACCCCCCCGAGGGGGGCUGGCCGAGCAUCGUCAAUGCUAAACCCGAGACCCUGGAGGGCUUUGGCAAGACCCCUGAAGUGCUAAAGCUACUGGCCCAUCUGCCCUACGUGCGUGAAGCUUCUGAUGGACACGAUGUCAAUUCGCUCCCUCAGGCUCGUUUCGCUGCCUGGCACGAGAUCUUUGACUGGGUCAACCGUGAUCAGAGAGAGAUUGGAGCAUGCAAGGAAAUGACCGAGGGAUGUUUCCGCCCCUUUGAGGUACCACAUGCGGUGGGCCUGUCACGGGUCGACCGUUGGGAGACCACUUUGAUUCUCGACACAGAGUUGGGGAUCAUACACUAUGGAGGAUGCCCAGGGCCUAUUCGCCAUAAUCCCUCACAGGAGCCCAUCUUGGAUGACUUCUAUGACUACGCUGAUGAGGAGGACGAGGCAGACUGGCAUGAGGCUGAGUGGCGUGCUGAUGCUCCAGCCUUCACCAUCCCGGCCUUUUUUGAGCUUCUUAAGGACCAGUUUAGGGAGCUUAAGUUCGUCCCUAUCGGCCGCCGAACUGUUACAGAUGUCUAUGUCACCCAUAUCCAUCCAAGCAUGGAAGGCUUGAUACCUAUGGUGCAGGAUAUCUACCGUCAACACGGCUGGCCCGACCUGGACCGCUACCGUAAAGACGAGUGCAUUGCGGCCGUGCAAAAGGCGAUACGAGAGAAGUACCCCAGCGAACCCUGCGACUGA